AUGGCUAUCAAGCGUGUUCUAAGAUACUUGAAAGGUACAAUUCAUUAUGGUUUAAUCUAUGAAAAAGGGCGUACAAUGACCGAAUUAAUUGAUUAUAGUGACAACGAUUUUGCUGGUGAUGUGUAAGGCAGAAAAAGCACCUCAGGGUAGGUUUUUUUCUUUGGUAAGAUGGUGAUUAGUUGGGCUUCUCAGAAAUAGAAGUCAGUAGCCUUAUCUUCGUGUGAAGCGGAGUAUAUUGCUGCUACUACUGCCGCAUGUCAGGGCGUGUGGCUUAAUCGCCUCAUCAGCGAACUACGAGGAGUAAAAGAAGGGACUAUGAAGCUUCUUGUGGAUAACAAAUCCACCAUUAUCCUAAGUAAGAAUCUAGUGCAUCAUAGUUGGACUAACCAUAUUGACACUUGUUAUCACUUUAUUCGUUAGUGUGUAGAAAACAAGAAGAUCUUAGUGAACUAUGUGAAAAUUGAGGAUCAAUUGGCAGAUAUCCUCACCAAGUCACUCGAAAGGAUAAAAUUUGUGGAGAUGUGGGAGCGCCUAGGCAUCAAGGAUGUCCAUACGAUGGAAUUGGAGCAAGGGGGAGAUUGAAGGGCUUGAUCCAGUCUCAUCGUGUAAUGUCGCAAAUAAUAGUCUCCGGAAAAUACCUUAGCAAAACUGAUUUGGGCUUUUUCCCUUCUUUCGGGUAGUUAUUUUCUAUUUGCAGGAUUGAUUAG